UGUUAAUCGCAGCUACAAGUCACACACUCCCAGAGAAAACGGUCACCUCUCGCUCUGUCACGUUCGAAUGUGAACGACUUUGUCGAAACUUGCUUGAGCUCAGCAGCUGUUUGCUCAGGAGUGAGUCCUGUACGAGCUGUGACCCGUGGCGAGUCUGGGUUUAAGUGGGCAGAUUAACAUCGCUGUCCUGGACGUGUGAGAGUGAGGCGUGAUCGGGUUCCCUCGUGAACGAGGGUGCUCUGGUAUGAAGUGGCCGGAAUUAGGAAGGAAACUCGCUCCUUCCUCGUAUUGUGGACCACAGGAAGGGGCGGCCGUCUCCCUGCUGACGGUCGCUUCCUCCCAGAGCGGCACUGGCAGGGUCUCCAUUCACAACCUGCCACGGCCGCUGUCCUGCUGGCCUCAUCGGUGUCAAGACAGUGUCAGUGGGUCAUCUCCAGCAUUUAGAAGAAAGAAAGAAAGAAAGAUACAUUUAGGUAUAGCUGUUGUCAUGGCGACCAGCGCGGUCCCUAGCGACAAUCUCCCCACAUACAAGCUGGUGGUGGUGGGGGACGGUGGCGUGGGCAAGAGCGCUCUCACCAUCCAGUUUUUCCAGAAGAUUUUCGUGCCUGAUUACGAUCCGACCAUUGAGGACUCCUACCUGAAGCACACGGAGAUCGAUGGACAGUGGGCUAUUUUGGAUGUGCUGGACACAGCGGGACAGGAGGAGUUCAGUGCCAUGCGAGAGCAGUACAUGAGGACAGGCGACGGCUUCCUCAUCGUGUUCUCCGUCACGGAUAAGGCCAGCUUUGACCACGUGGACCGCUUUCAUCAGCUCAUCCUCAGGGUGAAAGAUCGAGAAUCCUUCCCCAUGAUCCUGGUGGCAAACAAAGUGGACUUGGUGCAUUUGAGGAAGGUCACGAGUGACCAGGGUUGCGAGAUGGCUGCCAAACACAGUAUUACUUACAUAGAGACAAGUGCCAAGGACCCUCCGAUGAAUGUGGACAAAGCCUUUCAUGAGCUGGUCAGGGUGAUUAGGCAGCAGGUUCCAGAGAGGAGUUUGAAGAAGAAGAAGAAGAUGAAGUGGCGUGGAGAUCGAGCCGCCGCCUCUCCUAAACUCCACUGCAGUAUUUUGUGAUGAUUUCCUCUGUUGGAGUCCGGUGAAGUCCAGGACGGGACAGUUCCUUCAGUCUGACUCAAAAGCUCUCCCUCAGUCUCAGAACGCUGCAGUCGGCAGAGGAGCACUACAGAACCAGCCGGGCCCGACAGGAGCUGCAGCAAGAGCUAAAGAAACUAACAGAGACGCUACAGUUUUGCACACACGCAAAGACGACCACAGUCAGCAUCAUCCAGAGAUCCAGAAGUUGCUCUGGCUGCGUUGUUCUGCUGGUUGUCACAAGCGUAAUUGGUGUUGGUCAACUUCCAAAAGCUCCGUGGGAGUGGACCGAAUGUUGCCUUAUCGGUUCGUGUCUUUGGGCACAAUUUGAAGUAUUGUCACAUUGUAGCUCGGCCAAAGUAGAGCCAGUCGUUAGCACCGUCGUUUGUAUUGAAGCUUUUUUUGGUGCAUUGGGAAUUUUAAUACCUCCUCAAAAUGGCCUUUACUGUUAAGCACAAAAGCACAGGCGUUACAGAAACGGAAGUUGUCCCUUUGCACUAGGAAACGAAUCCUGAAGACUUUUUUUGCACUUUUACUUUGCGUCAAAUAUUAAAAAUUAGGGUCUGAGUGUUAAAGUGAUAUAUCUGCCUUUGCGGAAGGCUUCGGUUAUAAAAGGGUUAAAAAUAUUCUUUUUUUAUUGUUAUUAUUUGUUGCACUUGUACGUUGCACUCAUAUAGGCUGCUGAAACCGCCCAUUUUUAUUCACUUCUGUCUUCUCACCUUUCUCUCAUUCUCUAUAGACCAACAUUCAUUUGCUACACCAACAGCUUUCAAGGUCCAGCUCCUAAGUGUGCAAUGCUUUCAGCUGUGCUGACCUGAAUAUCCGCAUUACCGUUCAGUAUUUUUACGUUUUCAUCUUUAUCAGUCAAACUUGAAACUUUCUGGGCCAAAAAAGCUAUAAAAUAUCCUUUUCUUGUAACUUUCAGUACAGAUAGAUAGCGCCAGCACACCUUCAUGUCCUAACACAGUGCAGUACAAUGCAAAAGUCAGAGACCACCCUUCAUUUAUUUAUCUUCUUGACCAUUUUCCAAAGCUAGAGUUGAAGAAAUGAUUAAAAGCUACAGAGUAAAUGGGACCUAAGACCUAACAGACCACCAGAACUUUCACCAUCAGAUCAGACAAAGAAGCUACUGGUGUUCUCUGAACAACGGACUGACCACCCCAGAGUCCAGACCUCAACAUCACUGAAUGUGUUUGGGAUUAAUUGUAUUGAGAGAAGAAGAAAAUACAACCAACUUCUAAGACUGAACUUUGGAGGUGUGGAAAAAUAGCCUGAGUCUGCUGAAAAGAAUGGAAGCAGUAAUGAAGAAAGAGCACUAAAUACUGAAAACUUUUUACAACCCCAUUUCUGAAAAAGUUGGGACGCUGUGCAAAAUGUAAAUAAAAACAAAAUGCAAUGAUGUGCAAUUCAUUUAAACCCUAUAUUUCAUUGAAAAUAGUACAAACACAACAUAUCAAAUAUUAACACUGAGAAAUUGUAUUUUUUUUUUAAAUAUUUGCCCAUUUUGAAUUUGAUGCCAACAGGCUGGUAAAGCUGUGUAAUGCUAAAAAAUCACCUGGUGGUUGAUUGGUCAGCAACAUGACUGGUUAUAAAAUCUUUCAGUCUUUCAGAAGUACAGAUGAGGAGGGGUUCACCACUCUGUGAAAGACUGCAUGAUCAAAUAGUGCAACAAUUCAAGAACAACGUUUCUCAACAUAA